AUGCCAGUCACCAAAUUUUCUCACCCAGAUCCUUACAAGUACCAGAAUGGUUUUGAUUCAUAUCAUGAAUCAGAAGCCAUCGAAGGUGCUCUCCCCAUCGGACACAACUCCCCUCAGAAAGUUCCUUAUGGACUCUAUGCCGAAAAGCUCUCCGGAACUGCCUUCACAGCUCCCCGACGUGAAAACAGACAGACCUGGGUGUACCGUAUCAUCCCCGCAGCAGCCCAUGAGAACUUCAACGCCGAGGAUGCGGAUUCUUAUCACACCCAUAUGACCACCGAAACUCAGAAGCUACACCAUAUCCCCAACCAGCUGCGGUGGAAUCCAUUCGAUCUGGACGAGAAGGUCGACUGGGUUCAUGGUAUGCAUCUAGUGGCGGGGUCCGGCGACCCCACAUUGAAGCAUGGGUUGGGAAUCCUACUUUACGCUGCUGGAAAGGACAUGGGCAAGGAGGCCUUUUACUCAGCGGAUGGCGACUUUUUGAUUGUCCCUCAACAUGGCGUGUUGGACAUUCAGACGGAGCUCGGAAGGCUUGUGGUUCGUCCUAAUGAGAUUUGUGUCAUUCCCCGUGGUGUUAGAUAUCGUGUCACUCUCCCCGCAGGUCCGGUGAGAGGAUACAUUUGUGAGCUCUACCAAGGCCACUACCAACUUCCCGAACUGGGCCCUAUCGGAUCCAACUGUCUCGCCAACGCUCGAGACUUCCAAGCCCCUGUAGCUUCUUUCGAUGACGAGGAAGAGGAAUACCGACUGUACAGCAAGUUCAACAACACGCUUUUCUCUGCCCGACAGGAUCACUCCCCAUUCGAUAUCGUCGCCUGGCAUGGCAACUACUACCCGUACAAGUAUGAUCUGGGUCGCUUCAACACUAUUGGUUCUAUCUCUUUUGAUCACCCCGAUCCUUCCAUUUUCACUGUCCUUACUGGACCGUCUGAUCAUGAAGGCACGGCCAUUGCCGACUUUGUCAUUUUCCCGCCCCGCUGGCUAGUACAAGAAAACACUUUCCGUCCACCGUGGUACCACCGUAACACCAUGUCUGAGUUCAUGGGAUUGAUCGCUGGUAACUACGAUGCCAAGACCGGGGGUGGCUUCCAACCAGCCGGUGCUAGCUUGCAUAAUGUGAUGAGCGCCCACGGCCCAGAUGCAUCUGCCUUUGAGGGUGCCAGCAAUGCCGAACUGAAGCCCCAGAAGGUUGGAGAUGGAAGCAUGGCUUUUAUGUUUGAGAGUUCACUCAUGGUUGGUGUGUCCGAAUGGGGUCUCAAAACCUGCCAGAAGGUUCAGGAAGAGUACAACGAGCAUAGCUGGCGUCCUUUGAAGAGACAUUUUAAAAACCCUAACAAGCAGGCUUGA